AUGUCCAGCCCAUGUCAACAUCAACCACUCACCUUGCCACCCACUUCUCCCUCACCCGCAGCCACUUCUCCCUCCUCUCUCUGCGACAUGACCCUGAUCAACGCCAACCGUGACAAGCGUCCUUCUCGCCCCGAUAGUAAUUUGAGGGGCGCUCGUCGCCCCCUCAACGACGAAAACAGCCGUUUCAAUUGCCACCGGUGCCGUUUCUCUACCAACCUCAGAGCCCUCUACCUGGUCCAUGAACAAAGAUACCACUCCUCACCUCGCCAGAGGUGCUCGAGACAGGUGUACACUUGCCAAAACGCCCCCUACUGCACCUUCCAAGCUGGCAGCAGAUGCGCUGUGGUCCGCCAUCAGAGGGCCGUUCAUGGCGAUCGUUUCUCGCCUCUCAUUGUCCACACUCCCGAGUCCCUGGCUCUCGAUGGGGUCAUCAUCGCUCUCACCAAUCUGGCAGUUAACCUCCCGACGGAGGCUGGGCCCUCUGCAUCGUUGGGGUCUGUCGCUUCUACUUCUACUGCUAUGGCUGUCGAUGACGCCGUCGACACGACGCAGAACCAGCCUUCCAUGGCGCCGGCACCGUUCGACUCCGACGGCAUGGAACAGUAGCGGUAGAUGGUUAUUUAUGUUCGCUACUCGCCGCCUGCAAUAUCCUCCAGGUGGCGCAUCAACGACUCCGCCCACGGGAAAAACUGAAUGGGACUCUUAAAGACCCUAGUUGCUAUGUUUCUUUUACUUAUCUUCAAGCAUGUCUAUCCAUUAAUUUCCUUGUCACCCCUCUCCCAGUCUUCUCCUACACCUCUACCUCUACUAUUAUCUUUACCGCACAAUGAGCACUCAUGCAGCUCGAUAUUCUUUAUUUUAUUUAGACGCCUCGGCUCGGUUGUAUUUCU